AUGAGGCAGCCUGUUUACAAACACCAGCCUGUUUACAAACACCAGCCUUUGGCUGACCCCGCUGGACAGAUUCGGCUGAUCGAAGUCACCUCCAAGCCUCAUCAGCCUCUGGAAUUGUCCCUCAGAACUCACCAAAUACCUCAAGCCCCCGACUACUAUGCCAUCUCAUACACAUGGGGAGACAGCGGCCUCACCGAAGAGAUCACCAUCGAUGGCCAGCCAAUGACGGUGACUGAGAACUGUCAUUAUGCUUUAAUGCAAGUCAGGGAUCGUUAUCCGUCGCCCCCCAGAAACGCUAUCAUCAUUUGGAUUGAUUCCAUCUGUAUCAAUCAGGGCGACAACUACGAGAAGUCCUAUCAGGUUGCCAUGAUGGGCGAUAUAUAUACCAAAGCAUCUAAGGUGUUUUCCUGCGUCGGGCCUCAUCGAGAUAACAGUCAAAUGAUUCGAAAUACCUUGGACAGUAUCAAGAAACUGAGCCCAAAUCUUUACCGGCCUUCGAGAGCAAUUAGCGUUGUCAGACUCUAG